UACGGACAAUGAAUCCAAAAUCAUGGAACUGGUAGUCCGUUUCCGGGUGAUAUUUUUACUGAUUUUGAGCAGUUGGAUAUUCUUUGUACCAGUUGAAAGCAUUUCUAUUAUAGGUGUUACUUCUACACCCUAUGGAGCUGGCCAGGAAGCGAGGUUUGCCUUCCUUACAAAGUCUGGAACUUCCACUGUUAUAAGAGCUGUCAAGCUAGGCAGCAAUCCAUCGUUAGAGAACCUGUCUACAUUGAAUUAUGGAUAUGACUCAACAACACUUAACUUCUUAAGCACAAACAAUAACAAUGCAGUAGGAGCAUUCCGUGGUACGGACACUACUGGAGAUGGUCAAGAUACAACCAUUAUCAUUCAUGCUUCCAAUAGGGACUUUGAGCCCUCCGGAGGACGUGUAACAGUGAGAGCUAACAUAGGAGACACAAUCACACUGUCGGUGGAGAAUCUGGUUGGUGCGAAUGAGAGUGGGGUGGAAUGGCAACGCUUCUCAGACUUCACUUCUGUUCAGAUGGGCGGUCUUUCAUACACUAUAGUAGAUGUACAACCAGAGGAUGCUGAUUAUUAUGGCACCUUCCAGACAGGCCAGAGAGUACUACUCAGAUACAGCCUUAUCAAACUUAUUAUUAGAGCUUGUCCAGCUGGUUAUUACAGUGCACCUUCAUGUAAUGUUGUAUGUCCUAACUGCUACAAUGGAGGUGUGUGUAGUGAUGUAACUGGGGAAUGUAUAUGUGCCCCAGGCUUCGAUGGACCUAACUGUCUAACAGGUUGUGGUGAGUCUAAGUUUGGUUGGGACUGUAGUCAAUCCUGUGGAGAAGGCAAUGCAUUAGCUGUGUGCGCUGGUAGUCAUGCAUGUCUUCCUGAUCCGUAUGGAUGUAAUUGUCUCUCAGGAUUUACUGGAAACGACUGUAACUCAGCUUGUCCUGCUGGUAUGUAUGGAGCUGGUUGUAGUGAGAGCUGUCACUGUGUUGCAUCAUGUGAUAGGUUUACUGGUCAAUGCUCUGAUGCUCAAUGUGAAGAUGGAUGGUCUGGAUCAAAUUGUCAAGUUCCUGCAACAUGUCCUGAGGGCUACUAUGGGGUGAACUGUACAGAUCUGUGUCACUGUUUAGACAAUGGAGCUUGUGAUAAAACAAGUGGUAACUGUUACAAUACUGGAGGACUAUGUAUGCCUGGCUAUGCUUCUAAUCAAGUUCAACUUGCUGACUGUCAAUCAUUUGAGGGAUGCUUUGAGAAUUGUAGUAAAACCUGUCACUGUCGGGGUGGUGCCUCGUCAUGUGAUGAUGUAACUGGAGAAUGUGCAGUGAGAUGUCAAUCAGAAUGGAUAGGACCGGCAUGUCAAACAGGUGUUGUUCACUCAUCCUAUAAGAAGGUCAACCAAGGUCAACCUGUUAGUGUGAUGUGUGUAUUCCAGUCUCCCGAGAGCAUGUCUUCCUUGACCGUGUCGGUCAGGCCUGGUGCAGCUGAUGGUCCUCUGGUAAACUCCACCGACAUUGAGAUGGUUGGAAACCUCUUCAAUGUGACGUUUAUAGUUACUAAUGGAGAGACUGUAAUCUACUGUGAAGUCUCUACUGAUGGACAGUCAGCUUCUUCGGGAGUUCCUCUUGAAUAUUUUGCUCUUCCAACAUUGACGAUGCCUCCCUCUGUUCUUAGCUAUGCUAAUGAGAAUGCUACUAUUGACUGGCUUGGUUGGAAAGCAGAGAAUAGUUCACUAGAUGCGGGAGAGGGUCCGAUUGUUGGAUACAUCGUAUAUUAUCAUGUUGAUGGGAGUGUGCAGAUGGCUGAGUUUGUAUCAUCUGAUGAGAGUGGUAUGAUGGGACGCUAUGAAUACACUGUGAUAAACCUCUCACCAGGCAUCACAUACAGCUUCUCUGUAGCAGCAGUGAGAGAAGGAGAAGGGGGAGAGGGACCUAAAGGCCCUACCUCACAACCAGUAACACUACCAGCCCUAAUGACAACCGUGCCAACGUCAGAAGCAAGUACAACGACAGCCUCUGGAGUGACAUUAGCUCUUCCUACCAAUGAUCAAGUACUCCUCUACAUCAUCAUACCAGUAGUCAUUGUUAUCUGCAUCAUCAUCAUCAUUCUUAUCAUGGUUACCAUUGGGGUUCAGAGAAGGAAAAGACGAAAGAUGUACCACAAUAGAAGAGAACGCAUCGUCUUGGAAACCCAAGCUAUGAAUGAUUAUAAUGAUGAACAACAAGCAGAGAACCAUAAUGAAGCAUAUGAAGAAAAGACUUACCUGACUGCCGCCGGUGAUGAGACGGAUUCCAAAAUGAACAAGGAAAAAAAGGGGAAAGCCCCUUCUCAUCCUCUAUCAGCACCUCCUGAGGUCCCUGGUUCCUGUGAGGCGCCCCCUCCUACUGCCCUGCGACCUGCAUCACAUAGCCAGAGACCUAUCAUUGUAGCAGACUUUGCUGAUUAUGUGCAAAAUAAUCGCAGAUCUCGGGCAUUUGAAGAUGAAUGGUCGUUGCUACCCUCUGGCCUCAGUCAACCGAGUCAGAUUGCCAGCUUACCAAACAACAAGGUCAAGAAUCGAUAUCGCAACAUAUUGGCAUACGAUCAUUCCCGAGUGAUGUUAGAGGAAGUGAAAGGGGUGCCUAACUCAGACUACAUCAAUGCUUCAUAUAUCAAUAGUUUUGAUAAAGAAAAGAUGUACAUUGCAACCCAAGGACCUAAUAAAGCAUCUCUAUCAGACUUCUGGAAGAUGGUAUGGAUGGAGAAUGUGCACAAUAUCGUCAUGGUGACCAAUCUGUUUGAGGAGGGAAAGGUUAAAUGCUUACAGUAUUGGCCCAAUGAAGGUGACACUGAGACGCAUGGAAGCAUUCAAGUUACAUGUCAUCGCGUUGAUGUCUGCCAUCGAUAUGUCAUCAGGAUUCUAAUGACUACAAAUGGCAUAGAAUCAAGGACAUUAAAGCAAUACCACUACCAAGGCUGGCCUGACAAAGGAGUACCUAAGUUUGCUGGACCUGUACUCAAGAUGAUCCAAGAUGUCAAUGAGAGCCAGGAGAAAGCAGGGAAUGGACCACUGCUUGUUCACUGCAGUGCUGGUGCUGGAAGAACAGGUGUGAUCAUUGCUGUAGAUAGUAUCUUACGAGAAGCCAAGAGGUCUGAUCAAAUUGAUAUCUUCUCUUUCAUCAACUCAAUGAGAAACAACCGACCUCAGAUGGUUCAAACUCCUGAGCAAUAUGCUUUUGUUCAUGAGGCUGUGUUAGAGGGUUUGUUAUGCGGUGAUACCUUGAUCCUAGAAGACGAUAUAACCGAGAGAGUGGAGCAAAUACAGUGGCCAAACCCACAUACAGACAAGUCUCCAUUGCAACAAGAAUUUGAGAUAUUGGACAUUGUAUCAUCAGACAUGAAUGUCAGCUGUUCCGGUAGUAGUCCUGAGAAUGAGACUAAGAACAGAUAUCCAAACAUUCUUCCUCAGGACCGAAGUCGCCCCUAUCUGAUGACUCCCGGUGACCGUGCAGGCUCUAAUAACUACAUCAAUGCCAGCUUCAUGUCUGGUUACUCCAAGAAGAAUGCUUUCAUCGCAACACAAAUGCCUCUUGAUAGCACUGUGCUGGACUUCUGGAGAUUAGUACAUGACUACCAUAUCUCAACUAUCAUCAUGCUCAACCAACUCAAUGAUAAGACAUGCAGCAUAUACUGGCCUGUCAACACUAGAAGCGUGACCUUUGGCCCCUUCACCGUGGGUCACAAGGGGUCAGAGAACAUGAACAGGGUCAAAGUUCGCACACUAGAGCUCAAAUACAAGGAGGAAGUACAUGAGAUCCGUCAGUUUGAGGUUCAGACUUGGCCUACUUGGAUCCAGUCUGACGGGGUCCAGUCUCAAGAACAGUGUAUGGAUGCAGUCCUCCAACUCAUGGACUACCUUCACAAAUGUGAGAUCCAGAGAAGUACUGAACAGAGUAGACCUGGAGAUGGACCACCUAUCCUAGUCCAUUGCUUGAGUGGCAUAGAGGAAAGUGGAGUUUUCUGUACCGUGAUGAACUGUUUAGAACAACUCAACAAUGAUGGCGCUAUUGAUGUCUUCCAAAAUCUCAGGCUACUAAGGCUCUCCAGGCCAAACUUUGUUCCAACUUUGACUGACUACCUACUAUGUUAUAAGCUGCUCACCCAUCAUCAUACCUUGUGUAGAUCAGAGGAGGAGCUGGACUAUGAGAAUCGUCUUCCUACCGAGGGUUUGUAUGAGAACGUAGAUCAUUCUAGAGUUAAACAGAGUGAUGUACAAUCUCUAGCUUCUGAAUGCUAGACUAUGGCUUCCUAUAGAGUAUUGAUAUCUUCAUCAUCAUCAAAUUAUUAUAUAAUUUCAUGUUUAGCACCUUUAUAUUUUUCUAUUUGCUCACUUUACGCACAAUUUAUUCGUCUUUUUUCCUGCUUAAUUUUUUAAUAGCUCUUGACUUUCUGUCUUCAGUUUUGUUCUCCUUCUGUU